CCCAAACAACCGUCACCAAACGACCUCAGAUUGUAAAUUUAGCCUUCUAUUCUGCAUCGUCUUCGUCUUCGUCUUCUCUUCAUUAACGUUACCAGCAUUUGGGUAAAAUGUACCGAGCGAGCGUGAGGAAUUAGCGUUCCACUGAUCUUGAUUCUUGAAUAAAACAAUAAUCGCAAGCAAUCCGAUUCCUCAUGGCUCACUGGAUCUCCUCCAAGCUCAAAGCUGCCGAGAAUAUCCUCCAGCAGAUUGAUCAGCAAGCAGCUGAAUCACUUAAGAAGGGCGAAAAGGCCCGAUCUGAUGGGUUAGAUCUUGAAAUCUCGGCUAUACCCAGUGAGAGUAAGCCAUUGAAGGACCAGCUAAAAAAGAAAAUACCAGAAAGCAAGGAUUUUGCUGGAAAAUUACGGGAGGAUCGGAAUUUGAAUGCGGUUAGCAGUGAGAAUAGUAAGAAUUACGGCGUUUCCAAUUAUAAAAAGGAGAAGGAGGUUGUUACACCAGCAAGUUUGAGCCCUAAGCCGCCGGGUACUAAUACUAGUACCCUUACGGAUACUGAUUGGACGGAAUUGCUGAGUGUUCCGAAUAAAACCCCCACACUGGGCACUGCUCGCAUUAGCAAUAGAGCGGGAGGGGUUCGGGGUUUGAAGAAGGACAGUAGGAUUCAAGGGAGUUUGGGUUCUGGUUCCAGUUUGUUGGCAUUAGGUGAGAAAAAGAGCCUGAAGUUUCAUAAUAAUGUUCCAAAGAGUUCGAGUGAGCCAGAUGGUCAAUUAGGGAAUAAGGGGAAUGAUAGUGCGCGGGAUGGGAGAUUUAGUGAUGGGGUAAAUGUGUCGUCAAGAAGCUCAAGCCCGGAAUUAAAAAGUGAUGGAGACAGUUCAGAAAAAGGUCAUUCUGAUGGAAGGAAUGAGGCUUCGAACCUUUUGCAUGGGAACAAUGAUGAAAAGAGUACAGCAAUGGAUCAGCAUGUGGAUGUUAUAAAGGAUGGAGAUGUUGGAUGGGAUAAGGGCUCCCCUAUUGGGAUGGAGUCUGCCACUAUUAAUGGGCAGUUGGAUCUAAAGACGCAGACAAACGAUAAUCAGAGGUUUAAAAAUGGCCCUACAGUGGGUUCUCAAAGUUCUCUGAAGAUAAACUCUUCUUCACCAAGUGAUGGAGAAUCAGACUCUGAGACGGAUUCAACAUCUUCAUCAGGAAGCGAACAUGAAAGAGAAGAAAGGAGAAAAAGAAGGCAGCAGAUUCUGGCAGAAAAAGCGGCUGCAAAAGCAAUUGAAGCAAUAAGAGAGCGUGAGGAUAUGGUAGCUAAAUUGGAAGGGGAGAAGCAGAGUUUAGAAAAAAUACUUGAAGUGCGGGCCAAGCAACAAGCACAAGAGGCUUCUGAAUUACAGACAAAAAUGAUGGAAACAUUGGAAGCUGUUGAGUUAGAGAAGCAAAAACACAACAGCACUAGAAUGGAAACCCUGACACGACUAGCAAAACUUGAGACGGCUAAUGCGGAGCUUGCAAAGUCACUUGCUACUGCACAAUGGAAUCUUGAAGUAGAGGUUAAUCGUGUUACUGAACUUCGUGAACAAGUUGAGCUGAAAGAAGCAGCUCAAGAAGAACUAAGAAGGAAGAUUUCUCAAACUAAAGAAAGUGGAGAUAAAUUGGUUGCAUCAAAAGGAGUUGAAUUUGAACGGGAGAUACUUGAGGCGGAGUACUCUUUCUUAACAGAUAAAGUGGGCAUAUUGCAAGAAAAGGCAAAGACACUGGAAACGAGCAUUGAUACAACUAAGAGAGAACUGGAGAGUCCUACUGAAGUGGAAGUUGAGCUAAAGCGUAGGCUUGGUCAAUUGACUGACCAUUUGAUUCAGAAACAGGCCCAGGUUGAGUCACUCUCCUCUCAGAAGGCGACACUAUUGUUUAAAAUCGAGGCUGUUUCAAGGACACUGGACGAAAACAAGUCAAUGCUGGAUUCAGCCGACAUUCCUAGUACCUCAUCAACCAGCGAUUUGGAGUCGGGCGAUUGGAGCCUUCGAAAUCCAAAACUGAAGUCUCCAUUCGAGGAAAGAAUGCAUUCAGGUCAGCAACAUUUCUGGUCAUUGGUUUGGCAACUAGACUCCAUCUUUUCUGCAGGCGCCGUUUUCCUGAGACGAAACUCGCAGGCGAGAAUAUGGUCGCUCGUUUACCUCGCCUGUCUUCACCUCUGGGUCAUGUACAUUUUAAGGUCUAAUUCUUCAGUGUCUGAAGUGGCCACUGGUGCUGCAGUUUCCCUGGAGAAUAUCAAUAACACUGCAAGGAUCUAAUUUGUUUUGUUUGUGGCUGGGUGGAUUUAUGUCAAUUUCACCUCAUUUUGAUGUAAUAAUAGGUGUUUGGUUAUCAGUUAUUGGCAAAGUAUUAUACACAGUUAUAUAGAAAAUUAUAUAAAUGCUGGUAUCAUAAGCAUGAGGUCUGGAGUUUGGCCAA